CGGUCAGACUGAGCACAUAUUUUGUUUUGAUAAUUUAAUGAAUGUUGAUCUUUUUGUGGAAUACUUUCUCCUUACAUCGAUCUGUUUAACUAUAUAUAUGGAUGUCGUUGGAAGUCUAAGGAUGCUGAACAAAGGAUUCUCAAUGUCAGGCCUGGUCUUCUGCUUUUCUUUCUUUCUUCUACCGCUGCACUCCGCCUAUGGAGACGUGAGCUAUUCUUUUCCGGAGGAGAUGAAACGAGGAUCUGUUAUUGGAAAUAUAGCCAAGGAUCUCGGGCUGGAGACGAGCAGACUGUCCGCUCGUAAGGCCCGUGUUGAUACUGAAGGAAAUCGAAAACGGUAUUGUGACAUUAAUCUGAGUACCGGGGAGUUGAUUGUUGCGGAGAGGAUUGACAGAGAGGGGCUUUGUGGCAAAAAGGCAUCGUGCGUUUUAAAACAGGAACUUGUGUUGGAGAAUCCUCUGGAGCUGCACCGUAUCAGUCUUCAUGUUCAAGAUAUAAAUGACAACUCCCCGCAAUUUAAAGAUGAAUUGAUAAAACUAGAGAUACGAGAAUCAGCUUUUAAAGGAGCCCGUUUCUUAUUAGAAGAGGCCCACGAUGCAGAUGUAGCACAGAAUGCAGUCCAAAGCUAUACGUUACAAAGUAAUGGUCAUUUCAUUUUGAGUGUUGAUGCAAAUGUCAUUGAACUAGUCCUGGACAAAGAGCUUGAUCGUGAGCAGGAACGGGAUUUAACAGUAUUGCUAUCUGCAUCUGACGGAGGCACACCGCAAAGAUCCGGUACCGUAGUCAUACACGUCACUGUACUGGAUGCUAACGACAACGCCCCAGUGUUUAACCAGGCCGUCUAUAAAGCCAGUCUGCCUGAAAACUCUCCGUUAGAUACUGUAGUGGUUACAGUGAGUGCUACAGAUGCAGAUGACGGAGUGAAUGGGGAAGUUACCUAUGACUUCGGCCAUAUUUCAGAGGAGGAUAAGAACAUGUUUUUCAUCAAUUCGAAAAUGGGUGAAAUCAGAGUUAUUGGAUCUAUUGACUAUGAAGAGGUGUCUUCAUUUGAAUUGCGUAUUCAAGCUAAGGAUGGUUUAGGGUUAGCAUCAUAUUCUAAAGUCAUAAUAGACAUCACAGAUAUUAAUGACAACGCUCCUGUGAUAUAUCUCAAAUCUCUGACUAGCCCCAUACCUGAGAACGCGUCACCUGGUACAGAGGUGGGCAUCAUUAACGUGCAGGAUAGAGACUCUGAGAAUAACCGACAGGUCCGUUGCUCCAUUCAGCAAAACGUUCCCUUUAAGCUGGUGCCAUCCAUCAAAAACUACUAUUCUCUGGUGACCACGGGUGAACUGGACCGUGAACUAGUGUCUGAUUACAACAUUACUAUCACUGCCACCGACGAGGGCUCUCCACCUCUGUCCUCCUCUAAAACUGUUCAGUUAUCUGUAGCUGACGUCAACGACAACCCACCUGUGUUUGAGGAACAGUCCUAUAAAGCCCACGUGACUGAAAAUAACAAUCCUGGUUCCUCCGUGUGUUCCGUUACUGCACGGGACCCAGACUGGAGACAGAACGGAACAGUGGUUUAUUCUCUUUUACUCGGUGAAGUGAACGGUGUUCCUGUGUCCUCGUUUUUAUCCGUUAACGGAGACACGGGGGUGAUCCACGCUGUGAGGUCGUUUGAUUAUGAGCAGUUCAGGAGUUUUAAAGUCCACGUGGUGGCCAGAGACAACGGUUCUCCUCCGCUCAGCAGCAACGUCACGGUCAAUGUGUUCAUAACGGAUGUGAAUGACAACUCUCCUCAGAUACUAUACCCCGCCCCGGAGGGGAAAUCCUUCAUGACCGAGCUGGUCCCCAAAGCUGCGCACGGAGGCUCUCUGGUUUCCAAGGUGAUAGCUGUGGACGCGGACUCCGGCCAGAACGCCUGGCUGUCCUAUCAUAUAGUCAAAUCCACUGAUAUGGAACUUUUCACUAUUGGUCUCCACAGUGGAGAGAUCAGGACACAGCGGGACAUUUCUGAAUCUGACAGCAUGAAACAGAACCUCAUUGUGUCAGUGAAAGAUAACGGACAGCUCUCUCUCUCUGCCACCUGUACCAUGUAUUUAGUGAUUUCUGAUAACUUGGCUGAAGUGACAGAACUGAAAGAUAUAUCGUAUGAUGAGAGCAAUUCCAAACUCACCUCUUAUCUGAUCAUCGCGCUGGUGUCCGUUUCCACCUUUUUCUUCACCUUCAUUAUUGUCAUCCUGGCCGUGAUGUUUUGCCGCAGGAGAAAGCCCAGACUGUUGUUUGACGGAGCGGUCGCCAUCCCCAGCGCGUAUCUCCCUCCCAACUACGCAGAGGUGGAUGGCGCAGGAACUCUCCGCAGCACUUACAAUUAUGACGCAUACCUGACGACAGGCUCGCACACAAGUGACUUCAAGUUCGUCACAUCUUACAAUGACAACACACUGCCCGCGGACCAGACUCUGAGAAAAACUCCCAUCGACUUUGCUGAGGCUCUUGAUGACUCUGAUGUGUCCCCAGAGGUAGGCCUGUAA